AUGAUAAAUUCUGUUCUACAGCUCGAUGGCCUUUGUCUUUGCAUAGCUGUUCUUUCACAUAUCACAACAACACAGCGGCCAGAAUAUAUAUUUCUACCAUUAGUGAUCAAAUUUUCAAGGAAUUUGCUUCCCAUUGAUGUUAUGUACAUUUUUCUAUCCGUUAGUGACUUAUUAACUGGUCUUUUGUCAACCUCAAGUUGGUGUUUAGCGUGGAUUUUAGCCAUCCAUCAUUCAAAACAUUAUUGUUCCAUUUGGGCCUUCUUCUCUAAAAGUGGACAUUUUUUAAACUCAAUGUCUUUUAUGCCAAUUGCUUUUAUUACCAUUGAUAUAUAUUUGUCAAUCACUUAUCCAUUUUUUCACGAGAGGCAUGUGACAAUUCUCAAGAGUUUCAUUUCAGUCAUCUUGUCCUGGUUCCUGGCUAUAACGUUGAACGCAUCAUUCAUUUUAUUGUCUUUUAAGAAGUGGUAUAUCUAUGAGUUGAUAACAGCUUUCGUUGCAAUAUUUUCCACCAUUGUAUUUUCUCUGGUGCAUUUAAAAGUUUAUUGUGAGAUAAAAGAUAUGUGCAAGAAGGUUCCUAACAGCAAUUCAAACCAAAUUAAUAUACUAAAGGCCAAGAAAAAAGCAUCUAGACUUGGUAUCAAAAUUUUGGCAGCAUUUAUUUUAUGUUUUUUGCCAAUUAGUACUUGCUUUAUGUAUCGCAACUUCAUGGGGACAUCGACAUUCUUAAUAAGCUACCCAGAACAAAUUGCACUCUGUGUUUUAUCCUUAAACCCUCUGUUGGAUCCUUUUGUGUACUAUUUCAGACUUUCAAGAAUCAGAUCAAGAAUAUAUCGACUUUUCUAUAGAGGCACGGGAUUUGAUACCUGUUUUUAUGGUUUGAACGUACGAAAAAAUGUUGUGGUAACUUAA